GAGUACAUAUGUAUCUCGUUGGCGCCCCAAUUGCCUUUGCUAAGUCAAUGCAGCUUCGUCUCUCACUACCAUACCCACGACAUUCGUUUGAGUCGCUAACACACAUCACAAUGGCCGCCCCGGUAAACUGCCAGCACUCCUUCAAGGUUGUGAAGUCUGACGAAACCGUCGUCGUCUGGAACUGCAACAUGUGCCAUUCGGGGCCUCACUCUCUCAUCUACGAGUGCGCGAGCUGCAAGCUGAAGACUUGCCGGCCAUGUGCCUCGAAAGCAUAAACCAACAAGCGCGUGCAGGGGGGAUCGACCAACUAGGAUCUGAUCCGAAUACCUGGAUCGAUCACGCCCGGCUCGCAUUCUCACGUUCCAUUUCACAUCGAUCAACGAAACUCCUUUUCCCUACUCCUUCCUUGUACGGCAACAUCUAUAUGUCG